AUGUUGCAAAUCACCCAUGACAUCUUCGACCCGCUCAUUCCAGGCCACACCAAGGCAGUCUUGGCUUUGGAUUUAUCCAAAGCCUUUGAUCGCGUUGAACAUCACGCGAUCAUGACUGCACUCUCCCCACUGAAUGUGGGUGCACGUACGUACACCUACAUUCAGGCCUUUCUCACAGCACGCACGGCUGAGCUUCGCUUCGGCCCGCUCACCUACCCCACAUACUCUCUAAAAAGCAUCGGCACCCCGCAAGGGUCCGUCCUCUCACCUUUCUUAUUUAAUAUCACUCUGAUCCCCCUAGCACGACAAUUGGCAACCGUUCCUCACCUGAAACAUACUCUAUACGCUGACGACAUCACGCUAUGGACUACCCAUGGCAGUGAUGGCACCAUACAGGACACUAUCCAAGCAGCCGCCAAUCUGACCCAAAACUAUGCAGUCAGCGUAGGACUUUCUUGUUCCCCAGAGAAGUCCGAGAUGCUCUGCAUCCGUCCCAAGAACCGCAACUCACCCUGCUCCCCCAUCGUCAUCGAACUGGAAGGCAGACCGGUACCAGAGGUGAAAACUCUCCGGAUAUUGGGUAUGCUUAUCCAGAGUGACGGGAAGAACACUACUACACUCCGCAGACUCAAGCAAGUGGUGGGGGCGAUCUCGCACCUCAUCCGCCGGGUCUCGUGCCACCACAGGGGCAUGAGGGAGCGUGACCUAUGCCGCCUUGUUCACGCCUUUGUGCUCAGCCGUGUGCUCUACUCCACCCCCUACCUCCAGCUCUCUCGUCGUGAAACUGACGCCAUGGAUGCUCUCAUUCGUAGAGCAUACAAAGUCGCCCUCCACCUUCCCAUAAAUACACCUACCGACCGACUCUUACAACUUGGCCUCCACAACACAAGCGGGGAACUUGUAGACGCACACCGCCAAGCACAAUACCUUUGCCUCACACAAACCGACACUGGCCGGUGCAUCCUGCAUUCCCUUGGAAUCCGGAUACCGGCCAACGAUCCGACAUUACGCCCCAUAUCAAGACCCUUACACCGCGAACUUCUCAUUAAGCCACUUCCCCGUAACAUGCACCCCGACCACCACCAUAAGCGCCGCAGAGCUCGCGCUGCAGCCCUCCACCGAUAUUACGGCUCGGAGCCGGACGCCGUAUGGGUGGACGCAGCCUGCACGGGCGAUGAAGCGGUCGCUGCGGUGGUGGAUAACACUCUCUCCCCCAUCGGAACACACACACUCCCCCAGACACCUCUCCCGAAACUGCAGAGGAAGCUGUCCAUUGCCCUGGCCAUCGUCAACACAGAAGCCCGGUAUGUUUUAUCAGAUUCCAAAACUGCAAUCCUAAAUUUCGCACGAGGCCGAGUCCACGUUCCUGCUUUUUGCAUACUGGACUCGCCCGCCGCGCCCCCGCCCCGUCAUGUGGAGCUGAUUUGGGUGCCCGCGCACUGCGGGAAUCCUGGAAACGAGGCCGCAGACCUCUUAGCCCGAGGUUCUUUAAACCGGGCUCUUGCGGCCUCCGAUCCGGGAUUCACGAAGGAGCGCGCGCACACUUUCAACGAGCUGACGCAUGCCUCCAAGGCGGCGCGCCAGCUGUACCCUCCACCGCACGAAUCCCUUAGCAAUCGACAAGCAACCCUUUGGCGCCAAUUACAGACACACACUCUCCCCUCUCCUCUCAUUCUUUCUCACUAUCACCCACUUUUCCUCACUUCAGCCUGUACUCUCUGUCCGGAACCUCGCGCUUCUGCUCUCCAUCUCCUUUCUCAUUGCCCGGCGGAUCCUCCCCCGCGGGGCCUAGAGCACCUGAAGACUUGGGAGGACUGGGAGACCCUGCUCCGCUCCGGAGACCCGGUCGUGCAGACCAUUGCCACUGACCGGGCUGCCAGCGUUAUGGACCGGACUAACAUAAACGCUUGA